AAACAUAACGAACGCCAUUUAUUACGCGCUCGAAGUUGUUUACAACGCGCAUCUUGCUUCGGAGUUGGCAUUUAAACGCAUCUUCCGUUCUCUAGCACGAUUGUAAGGAAAAACACGCGGUUGGUCCAGCAGAACAUCACGAGAACACAGGGAAAAGCGGGCACCGGUGCACGAUGGAACACUUUCAGAAGAUAGAAAAGAUUGGCGAAGGUACGUACGGGGUGGUGUACAAGGGACGGAACAAGAUCACCGGCGAGAUCGUGGCCAUGAAGAAGAUCCGGCUGGAAGCGGAGGACGAAGGGAUCCCGUCGACGGCAAUCAGAGAGAUCUCGCUGUUGAAGGAGCUGAAGCACCGGAACGUUGUGUCGCUGCUCGAUGUGCUGAUGGAGGAGAACCGUCUGUAUCUGAUCUUCGAGUUCCUGUCGAUGGACCUGAAGAAGUACAUGGACAGUCUGCCGCCGGAGAAGAUGAUCGAUUCGGAUCUGGUCAAAAGCUACAUGUACCAGAUUACGGCCGCAAUGCUGUUCUGCCACAAACGGCGCGUCCUGCACCGUGACCUGAAACCACAGAACUUGCUCAUCAACAAGGAGGGCGUUAUAAAGGUGGCCGAUUUUGGGUUGGGCCGUUCGUUCGGCAUUCCCGUCCGCAACUACACACACGAGAUCGUAACGCUCUGGUAUCGGGCGCCGGAAGUGUUGCUCGGAUCGCCGCGCUACUCCUGCCCGGUGGACAUCUGGUCGAUUGGAUGCAUUUUCGCCGAGAUGGCCACCAGAAAGCCACUGUUCCAGGGCGAUUCGGAGAUCGAUCAGCUGUUCCGGAUGUUCCGCAUACUGCGCACACCGACGGAUGACAUUUGGCCCGGUGUGACCUCGCUACCGGACUACAAAUCCUCGUUCCCGUGCUGGACGCAGAACAAUCUCGCUAGUCAGGUGUCGAACCUGGAUUCGGCCGGUAUCGAUCUGCUGCAAAAGUGCCUUAUCUACGAUCCGAUGUUGCGCAUCUCGGCGAAGAAGAUCCUCGAGCACAAGUACUUCGAUGGGUUCGAGCGGGGCAACAUACCGACCGAAUAAGUGGCAGGCUCGUAUGCACUUUUCCCCCCUCUUUCUUUAAUUUCCUGCAAGUCAUUUAAUCUAUAUCUAACGAUCUGUCUUUCCUAUAAUAAGUGCUGUCUGAUCGAUUCUAUUCUUUGUCCUCUGUACAUUUACUAAUUCGAUUGGAGUAAGGAUUUCUGGAUUCUGAUUCGCCUUGUCCCCCCGUUCAAUGUUCUCCUUGUCCACCUGUUCGUCGGCGUCUUGGUAGUUUUCUCGUCCGUUCGGAUAUAUAGGAUGUAAAUAUUCGUCUCGUGAAGCAAAAGCAAAACACAGGAUCCUUUCGUCUGUCCUCCUCUCUAUCUCGACUCUCUCUUAUAUUCGACUCUCUGCACCGGUCCCUGUGGUCUUCAUCGUUGGGCCGUGUGCGGGUUGGCGCGUGAGCAUCGUCUCGUUUAGGUCUAUAGGAAUGUAAUUAAUGCAAAGAACAAAUAUUUCUAAAACUUUAUUUAAUAAAACAACAGUGUUCUUAGUACAGCUA